AUGGAUAAGAUAAGCAAUACAAUUAAGACAACCAACAAUAUCGAUAGAGUAAUUCUACCUACGGACUGCAACUUCACUAAUAAUGAAAAGGAACUAUCAAACGAUUUACCCAACCCAAACGAAAUUUGUAAUAUAGGCAAUUACACAAUUCAUACUGAUAAUGAAGUUUCUUCAUCUGAUGAGGAUUUUUUAAAAAAUGGUUAUGUAAAUGAUUCUUCGUUAUUAAAUGACAAAAAUCUUGAUUUGAACGCUCCUUCUUCCUCUAAUUCCUUUUUGAACCUUUUUCUUAGACUUAGUCCCAAAAAAAAAGUACAGUCUAAAAAUUUACAAAUCGAAAAUCAAGACAAAGAUUCAGCUUUAAAAACUACGAUGCAAAGCGGAAAGGAAAACACUGAAUUCCAAGAACAAAAUAAUCAUGUCACUUUAGCUAGAUCCGGUAAUUUUUCUUCACAAACUUCAACUCCCAAAAAAGGCAUCUUAAAAACAAAUAAUAAAAACCAUAUAUCAACCACAAAGAGUUUUAAUGGGGACAUUAAUAAUUCUGAUAUUUCCACUGCAAGUGAAAAAUGUCCUCGAGAUGAUACUAGCGAAGCAUCGUUAUCCAGUACUGGUCUUUAUAGAUUUUCUAGGUUUAGAGAUAAAUUUUUGAAAAGAAAAAUAAGAAGCUCAGAGGAGAAAAUCAUUGACAUAGAUAGAAACAAUACUAGUAAUGACCUUGAUUCUGCUCUAAGUUUCAAGGACCAAGCUUUAGAUAUUGUUAGUUGUAGCUCAAAGUUAGAAUCUGAAAAUGACUCAAUUGCUUCACAAAGUCAUGUACAAGAUGGGGUGGAAGGUUAUGAUAUUCAUUCUAUUGAACCUUCAAUAAAUGAUCAGUUCAAAUUACCAGCAAUUUCAAACGGGAAAAAUAUUGUCGAGAGGUUGAAUGAGCAAAUAAGGGAAUAUGACCAAGAAGUGGAAAGGAAAUUUGACGAGACUGAAAAGUUGGAUACCGAUAGAGAAAAUAACAAUGUUUUGCCAUUGAUUGAAGACGACAAUAGUGAAUAUUUUAGCAUUGUUAGAGAUGAAAACAUUAAAAAAAAUAUUAAAAAUUGGAAAAAUGAAAAUAAUACAAGUCCAUCCGUACCAUCUGAAGCAUCUUCUGAUCUCAGUUCCAAAGUUUUUUCUGCUAAUAUUAUAAGUGAGCAGGAUUCAGAAAAGGAUGAAGAGACCAAUAACAUUAACCCCCACCAUAAUUCGGAUAUGGUAACUGCCGCCACCAGUGCCGAUAAUUAUUUGAGUGUUUACAAAACUGUUGAACACUACAAGCAGGACUACCUAGCCAAAGAGGCCAGUGCCGAUAAUUUAUUUGAUGAAGUGGUCAUUAGAGCAGGAUCUCAAACAUACAAAAAUUUGAGUAAAUUGAAAUUAUUAUUUAGCGAUGAAAAAUCUGAGGAGACUGAAGAAAACACCCAGUUACCUUGCUUGAGACAAUACACUAACGAAUUAUUAGAAAAAGCAGAAAAUUGUGUCAUUAAAAAUAAUGAAAAUAAUGCCAACAAGCUUUCUGAAAUUGAAACCAAGUACAAAGCAAAAAUCAGUCAAUUGAAGAAAAAAAUGGUUAAGGAAUUAUCAUUUAUGGACAAAUUAGAUAAGGAAAAUGAUAACUUAGCUAUAGAUAAUGGCAACCUAAAAAAGGAAUUAAACAGUUCAAAGGAACUUUUAAUUCUGCUGCAAAAAAAAACAGAAAACCUUGAUGCUGAAAAAAAUGAAUUAGAAAUCAAAUUAAGGCAAAAGGAGGAGCAACAUGAAGAAUGCAAAAAUGAUUUCAAAACCCUACAAGAAAAAUACAACGGAUUAAAGAGUAAAAAGGAAGGUGUAGAAAAAGAAUAUACACAGACAUUCAAAAAUUUGCAAAAAUUAACUAUAGAAUAUGAUGUGUUAUUGAAAAACAAUACUUGUGCAACAGACAAAGUGUAUGACGUUUUGAAACAAAUAACAGGGAGCUCUAAUGACUUGAACGAUUUGCUUAAUAAGUUUGAAAAGUUGGAACUAGACAGAGGCAAAAUUUCCAAGGAGUUAGACAACAUUAAAGAUUACGUUAAGGAUUUGGAAACAAAAAAUGGCAAACUAAAGAAAUCAUAUAAAGGAGUAGAAAGAAAAGUUUUUGACUUAAAAAGGGAGAACCAGCAAUUUAAACAACAAUUGAACUUAUUGAAUUGCUAUAAGGAGCAAUCAUUUUUAUUAUUGCAACAAAUUGUUGUGGAUUAUAACCAAGUUUUGGAUAAAGAAUCUUUGUCUUAUGUGGACAAUCAAAUAAAGGAAUUUUCAAAGCAAAAUAUGUUAAAGCAAACGUUUUCUCAUAAUUGGUUAAAUCAGGAAAUAAAAAAAGUUCAACAAUUCUAUGAGCAAACCGUCCAUGAAAUUCUAAUCAAGGAAAUUGUUUCGAAUCACAUUUCGAAUCUAAGAGCAAAUGUUUUUUUAAGCGAGCAAUUGAAAGGCUUGAGGCGUCAGCUAAAAGAUAAAGAUGACAAAAUCGAACAUAUAUUGAAAUAUACAGGACAGUUGGAGGUUGCUAAUAAAGUGUUGAAAAAAAAGAUGUUAACUGGCUUUGGAAACUCCUGA